AGAACGGUUCGAUUUUAUAAAACAGUAUUCGAGAGAUGAACUGAAGUUACUCGGAAGUGAGGAUAACUGACAGUUUAGAUGGAAAUGUUUACAAUGUAUGGAAACGUUUGCUUGUGAAGGUCUUGUUUUAACAUGGAAUUAGUUGAGGUAGUUGCAUUUUGGUUUUGUCUUGAUUUUCUUUAUGUUCCAAUGUUAAUUUUAUUACAAUCAUAACAUCACUCCUCGUUUUUACUGAGGCAACAUUGCUAUGAGGGUGGUUUGUCCUAAGCUGGUGUUUUGACAUUUCCCCGUCAAAAUAUCAUGCUUGUCCAUAACGACGUAGUAAUAGUCGUUAUCAACCGCGAUCAGUUUUUCAUAAUGAUCACGAUGGUUUUUGUUUUUUUUAAUUUGUUAGACAUGAUUUAGUAAUUUGUAGGAUGUGUUACAUAAUACUUGCCUUACAAAUUAAAAAAAAAUAUGAUCUCUGUAAAACUCGCGAUGUAGUAAUUUUGACAUACGUAAACCUUGACGAAGAUUGAUGGCACUUUUUUUUUUGUUUAUUGGGUUUUCCAUUUAAGUACCAGCUGAGCACCCUGCUGACCACCAUUGCUGGAUUAGCAAGCUAUAGGCAAUGACACUGAUUAAAGUUAAAGUUGUAGCUGAUGUUAUUUGUUGAAGGCGUGUUUUAUGUGUUUUAUUGCAGUUUUCGGUAUGCUGCUCGGGGACACUUUGAUCCUAGAUGACCUUGACUGUGCCAAUAGAUACAGACAGGAGGUUGUGAAGUACACCCAUUGUCCUACAAUUCUGACACGUAGCGGAGACCGCAUCAGGAGUAACGGUAAAUUUGGUGGUCUUCAGAAUAAAGCUCCUCCUUUGGAAAGAAUGCGUGGUGCGGUAUUCGCCGCUCCACUUCCAUUUGCCUUUCAUUCACUUACAACACAGAUUGAUCAACUGCAAGCAUAUAGACAAGCAGUCUUAAAACACACGCAAGCCAAGGAGGAACUGUCGCUACAGCUGCAACACGGACAAACUGAGGAGAUGAAAGUGAAACAUCGCGAGUGUAGAGAAGCAGAGACUCAGUUACGCAUGAUUGAAGAGCGCCUGGGUAUGACCCCAACACAGUACAACAUGCCCCCGUCUCCUGCCACCAUGUUACUCACAGAACUCAGCACGCCUCCAGCAAGGACUGCUACCUCUCGUCGCGCGGGCGCGCGAGCUGCAGCAGCCGCUUCCGCUUCUCCAAACUUAUCGGCUCCAGUCGUAAAUGGCACGAGCAACAGUUCGGGAACUACGAGUUCUACGCGAACGAGACGAGGACCUCCGGUCGCUGCUGAAGAUGUACGCUCCAGUAAACGAACGCGGAGAUGAAAGGAGUGAACGUUUUUAGUUUCUUUUGGAAUCGUUCUUCUGCCCGAUGUGUGCUUUAUUGUCAUCGUACAAAAAACUUGAACCUGCAUUGUAGGAAGCUGUUAGCGGCGCUGAUUUGCCUUUCGUAAACAGUUUUAUGCCAUCAUUGGUAACCGAGCCUUUUGCAAUGGUCGCCAGGUCGAAACCGCGCUUUGAUUAUCAGAACAAAUAAGAUCUAGAUAAGGCGAUUAUUAGGCCUGAGACAGAGUGACGUUUAGGUCAGGGGUAGGUUUAAGAAAGGCAUCUUGCGUAAUUGAAUGGGCCAUAUUUGUAUUCUUGGUAUUAGACUUGAAUUAGCUUGCAACUGAGCAGACUUGUAGCCAGGACUUAAAGAGUGGGCGUGCAAAAUGUGCUAGAGGGCGUAACAAUUUAUAACACAACGUAUGAAAAAUAAAACGAUUUUCUUGGUAAAGUGGCCGUCCACAGGACGCCUGGACGCCCAUCUGGCUAAAGCCUGCAACUGAGGCUUAUGCAAGUAGUCUUUUCAAAUUCAGGUGCAAAUGACAUAAAUCUAUUUUUAAUGAUAUUCCCUGCGUGAGCCUCCAUUGCAAGCUAGUUGCAGUCCAAUACCGAGAAUACGAAUAUGGCCUAUUGUUCCGGGGUUUUGGCCGAUCAAUUUUUGUGGUGGAGAUAACAGAGGUAUGGUUAGCACGACUUACCUUCGUCGGUGGACAACAUCUCCAGUAACAAACUUUAAGGCGUCGCUAAAAUUACAUCGACUGUUUACGAAAGGGAAACAGUAGUUCAAAUCGUAUGAAGUAUGAAAUGCACAGCAGCUCUGUUGGCACAGGUGGCCAUAACAUGGAAGUGGAACAAAACUUAAGCUGGUUGCGUCAAAACACAUUUUGUUUAGGUUAUCUUAAAUAUUUCGGCGCUGCUAACCGGAGGGUAUCUUGUGAAACUUUCGUAACUGAUCUACAGGUUCUUUUUCAUACAACUCAAACUCAUUUUCAUAUGAAAGGUUUACACGAGGACUCGUUUUGAAACAGAGGCACAAGGUAACUCGGAAAUGGCCUAUUGUCGAUACCACAUGGUCACGUGGUAAUCACAGCCGCCAUCUUGGCCGAUUCUAGAAGGUCCUAACAUUUUCAACAACUCGAAAAUUAAAUUGAGUUUAUAAAAACAAUUAAACUUUCAAAUUUAGAGAAAUGUGCCUGUCAAGAUACCAAAUUGUUACCAGAUGAAUUCCAGAUAAAUUGGCAUAGUCUGGACGCGUUUACUUACUGACUGAAAAGUUAUAACCGGUCACAGUCGAUGCGAGUGGAUUCUGUUCGUAACGUGUUGUGACUUCCUUGUAGCAGGCCUCUGUGUUUCAGGGCAGGUGUCAUUUUAGCUUGCCUCGCUACAGAGCGGAGACGGUGCAUUAUUUAUUUGAAACACUUUCUUUG